CUGGGGGCCGUGGAGCAGCAUGUGCGCUAUGAGACCACCGGCCCGGCGCUGUGCACCGUGGUCUUCUUGCUCGUCUACUUCUUCGGCAUGGCCAGCUCCAUCUGGUGGGUGAUCCUGUCGCUCACUUGGUUCCUAGCGGCGGGCAUGAAAUGGGGCAACGAAGCCAUCGCUGGCUACUCGCAGUACUUCCACUUGGCCGCGUGGCUCGUGCCCAGCGUCAAGUCCAUCGCCGUGCUGGCGCUCAGCUCGGUGGAUGGCGACCCGGUGGCGGGCAUCUGCUACGUGGGCAACCAGAGCCUCGACAACCUGCGCGGCUUCGUGCUGGCUCCGCUCGUCAUCUACCUCUUCAUCGGCACCAUGUUUCUGCUGGCAGGCUUCGUGUCGCUCUUCCGCAUCCGCUCGGUCAUCAAGCAGCAGGGCGGCCCCACCAAGACGCACAAGCUGGAGAAGCUCAUGAUCCGCCUGGGCCUCUUCACCGUGCUCUACACCGUGCCCGCCGCCGUCGUGGUCGCCUGCCUCUUCUACGAGCAGCACAACCGUCCGCGCUGGGAGGCCACGCACAACUGCCCGUGCCUGCGGGACCUGCAGCCCGACCAGGCGCGCAGGCCCGACUACGCGGUCUUCAUGCUCAAGUACUUCAUGUGCCUAGUGGUGGGCAUCACCUCGGGCGUGUGGGUCUGGUCCGGCAAGACGCUCGAGUCCUGGCGCUCGCUGUGCACCCGCUGCUGCUGGGCCAGCAAAGGCGCCGCGGUGGGUGGGGGC